UUUGGAACGUUUUGAUUUGUUAACGUACUGUUUUUGUUGUACAAUUUUUUCAUAGAACUAAUAUAACAACUGCAGCAGUGCAGCUUUCGUGCACCGAUCACACAUAGUUUCAAGGUACUUAUAGGCAUUUGUCAGAAAAGAAGAUGGCGCCCACUCCUCAAGAUCCAUCGAUAAUUCAAUCGGAAAAAUUGGAAUCGUCACUCGAGCCUGGCAGAAUUGUCAUUUCGGGUAUGGCUGGAGUCUAUCCUUCGUCGCGUAAUGUCAAAGAAUUCUCGGACAUACUCUACAACAAGGUAAACCCAAUUUCUAACAAAGACAUGCGUUGGACGUACAACCAUCCAGAAGUCGCUCAUCACACGGGAAAGAUACCUGAUCUAGACCGAUUUGACGCUCAAUUCUUCAAGGUACACUAUCGACUUGCUUGCAACAUGGAUGUAAUGUCUAGAAAGAUGCUGGAGCAAGCUUAUCAAGCCAUUUUCGAUGCCGGCGUGAGCCCCAAAGAUCUCUCAGGCAAGAAGGUUGGAGUGUACGUCGGUUCAUGCUUUUCGGAAACUGAAAAAUCUUCAUUUUACGUUGCUAAAGCAAGAACAGGAUUUGGUAUUGCUGGGUGCAGCAAAAGUAUGUUUGCAAACCGUAUCUCUUACUGGCUUAAUGCCAAGGGACCUUCGUUAUCGGUGGACGACGCGUGCUGCAGCUCUUUGGCGGCGCUAGAACAAGCGUACCUCGCUUUGACACGAGGUGACUGCAUAGCUGCUAUUGUUGGAGGAUCACACUUGUGUCUUCAUCCACAGUCUUCUAUCCAUUACGGAAGGAUAAUGACUUUAUCUAUGGACGGUAAAACGAGAUGUUUCGACAAAAAUGCAAGUGGUUGCUCAAAAUCGGAGGCUGUUAAUGUAUUGUUCCUACAGAAGGCGAAAGAUGCUUUGAGAGUCUAUGGAGAAAUAAUAGGUGUAAAAGCUGAGUACCUCAGUCUUUUGGAAGGUGUGUCGGGCCCUAAAUACGGUUUCUUCCGUGACUCGACAAUCGCUGCCAAUUUUAUUAAGGAUGUCUAUAAUAAAGCAAAUGUAUCUCCUUCGGACAUUGAAUAUGUUGAAGCUAAUGGAUCAGCUGUUCUUGAAUCCGACAAAUCUGAGCUGGACGCUAUAGAUGCAGCUUACUGCGAAAACAGAACGAAUCCACUACCAGUUGGGAGUGUUAUGUCGAACAUAGGAUAUUGUGAAGCUGCUACCGGAAUAUCAUCAAUUAUGAAGGUCUUAUUAGGUUAUCAUACAGGGAAGUUAGCAGCUAACCUCCACUAUGAGACUCCACGAGACGAUAUAGACGCGGUUCGAGAGGGACGUAUACGCAUCUUGUCUGAACAUCAACCAUUUGACAGAACUUAUGUUGCAAUAAAUGGCAUCUCCGUCACUGGGGUGAAUGCACACGUCAUACUUCAUGGAAGAUAUAAGCCCAAGGAUCUGGACCGAUACAAGUCCAACAUACCACAUCUCGUAACAUUGUCAGCACGCCAGGAGUCCGGCGUGAAGCUAAUUAUGGAUGACAUGAAGUCGCGGACCGUAGAUCCUGAACAAAUUGCUCUUCUACAUAAUAUAUAUCGAAACAAAAUCCCUGGACAUUUGGGAAGAGGAUACGUUAUUCUUGGUACUAACAAGGAAAAGAAGACAGUGGGCCUGGUGGAGAAUGUGGAGUACUUCGACGAUGCGAAGCGGCCGCUGUGGUUCGUUUACAGCGGGAUGGGCUCGCAAUGGGCUGGUAUGGGCACGCAACUUAUGCGUAUACCCAUAUUUGCAGGCGCUAUUGAACGUUGCCGUCGGGUGCUGGAACCGAAGGGCGUGGAUAUAGUACAUAUAAUCACAUCGACUGACAAGACAAUCUUCGAUAACAUUCUCCAUUCGUUCGUUGGUAUCGCCGCCAUACAGAUCGGUCUCACCGACAUCCUAAAUGAACUCGGACUUGUGCCUGAUAAUAUUAUUGGGCACAGUGUAGGUGAGCUGGGAUGCGCGUACGCAGACGGUUGCUUCACAGCGGAGGAAAUGAUCCUGGCGGCGUACAGUCGUGGUCUGGUCUCUGUACAGACCCCGUUUAUUAGAGGAUCAAUGGCGGCUGUUGGCAUUGGUUAUGAAGAGAUCAAAGACAUGUGUCCACAAGAGAUCCAGGUCGCAUGUCACAAUGGGCCCGACUCAUGUACCAUCUCCGGUCCCUCUGAUGUCAUGAAGGAGUUCGUCUCCCAGUUGACUGCCAAGAGGAUCUUCGCGAAGGAGGUUCCAUGCUCUAAUAUUGCUUACCAUUCACGGUACAUCGCUGAUGCUGGACCUGGGCUACUAAAGUAUUUGUCUGAAGUCAUAAAAACACCGAAAGCCCGUAGCAGUCGUUGGGUGUCCACAUCAGUACCCCAGGACAAGUGGAACGAACCAGCAGCCAAGUAUUCCUCGGCUGAAUACCACACCAACAAUUUACUGAAUCCGGUGCUAUUUGAGGAAGCAGCUCGUCUCAUACCCUCGAAUGCUGUCCUCGUGGAGGUGGCUCCGCACGGUCUGCUCCAGGCGAUCUUCAAACGUUCCCUGCCAUCAACGUGCAUCAACAUACCUCUCACCAAACGAGGACACGCAGACAAUUCACUGUAUUUACUUGAAGCUAUUGGCAAGCUAUUCAUGGCAGGUUACUGUCCCAACUUGUCAGUUUUAUAUCCAAAGAUCGAGUUUCCUGUUUCCACUGAAACUCCAUUCCUGUCGCAUUUAGUUGAGUGGGGCCACAGUGAAGAGUGGAAAAUACCAUUAUAUAAGUCAGCAAACAAGAAUACGGCAGCUGCAUGCACUUUCUCCAUCACUCUUCACGACGAUGAGUACAAAUAUCUUCAGGGAAAUGUUAUUAGAGAAAAAACUUUGCUGCCGUUCUCCGCGGCGCUGGUAGCUGCGUGGGACACGUUCACCAUGACCGCCGGCGAGCCCAAACACAACUUGUCCGUGGAGUUCACCAACGUUCAUUUAUACGCGCAGCCUGUACUACACCAGCGCAGAUAUCUCAAGUUAUCUGUUACGCUGCAUAGGGGCACUGGACGUUUUGAGAUUUUGGAUAAAGAAUCAAAAGUGGCUACAGGCUACAUAACUACGUUACAAGCAACUCCCGUAAAUAACAUGAAAGAGAGCGACUCAUCAAAACAAACUGACUCAUCAAGAGAAGUCUAUCUGAAGUCAGAAGACAUUUACCAGAUUUUAUACGAAAGGGACUAUUAUUAUAGAGAUGAAUUCUGUAGUCUGUACAACGUGAACGAAUCAUUCACAGAAGGUCAUGUACUUUGGAAUAAUAACUGGGUUACAUUUAUUGAUGGUCUUUUCCAACUGAGCACUUUGAAACACCCUCACGGAAGUGUAUCGCAACCCAAGCAAAUCCAACAAUUACUGAUCAAUAUUCAAGAUCAUGCAAACAAUAAAAUAAUUGAAAUUGACGAUAAAACUGUGAUGAAAGCAAGCAAGUCGGAGUUGUACGAUUGUAUAAGUUGUGGCGGUGUUACAAUGACAUCACUCAAGUUCCACAAUCUCCCACCAGUUAUUGUGGAUGAUAUCGUAUUGAAGUCUCUCCAAUUUGUGCCUCGGUUCCAAACUGGAAAUAUAGAUCUUAUAUCUUCAUUGCAAGUUGAUCUUCAAAUUGUAGCUGAGAAUGUAAACAAAAAUAUUAUAAAUGUGAUACAAAUAAAAUCUAAUGAAAGUCAUGCCAUUUAUGACAAUGUAAAGGAAAUUCUUAAUAAUGUACCUGGAGUAACUAUUCAAUUUAAACAAAUCGACGAGAAGACGAUGUUAGAUGAACGCGAGCUACUUUUGAAGAAUGUUGACCUUGUGGUAAUAAAGAAUUUAUCGACAGAUGAUAACGUGUGUCAAUUACUAUAUCAAGUCCUUCAACGUAACACUUUCAUCAUAAAUUUGGAAGAACACUAUAAUUCUUGUAAAGUGCGGCCUUCGGCACUUUACAAUGUAGUAUCCGCUCAUAAUUCAAAAGUCAUGCGUUUAGAAUUAGCUAGAUGGAGACCAGCUGAUACGAAAUCUGAAGUUACGGCAUUGUCAGUACGCACGGCUUCAGAUAUACCAAUGUUGAUUUCUACUAGAUCAUCACUUCCUUCAAACCACAAACUAUUAGUAUUAACGACGUAUCCUAUAGUUUCUGGACUUAAAGAACUGAUAACGUCGUGGAGGAAAGAAGUAGAUCGAAAUCAAAUAUAUUUGGUAAUCAUGAGCAAGGAUUAUGAAAGUCAAUGUUUAGAUCAGAUGCCUGAAUUGGAUUUGGCAGUAAAUAUGUUGAAUAAUGGUACGUGGGGUAGCGAAUACUACGUAUCACAUAACGAGAAACCUCUGGUUGACAAUGAGGUGACGUUACAAUGUUCCCGUCUUGGAGAUUUUGAGUCGCUGCAGUGGAUUGAAGCGACAACACCUAAAGACAAAGGAAUACCGGUCAAGGUUCAUUACGCUGGGAUAAAUAAGUACGACUUAAGGCGUGCGACAGUACUUUCGGACAAAGAUAGCAAAAUUAACACGAAUGCAUUCGGAAUGGAUUUCAGCGGUGUCACUGACAGCGGCGAGCGAGUAAUGGGCUUAGUGCCAACUGGAUCUGUGGUUUCCAAAGUGAGCGCGGUACCUGAGUUGUUGUGGCCUGUGCCUGCUCAUUGGAGCCUCGAAGAUGCUGCUACAGUACCACUGGCUUAUGCUAUCGCCUUCUACUGUCUGGGUAUUAAAUAUAAGCUGAUACCUGGGAAUAUUGUCCUAGUGCACGGCGGUACAGGAGCAGUAGGACAAGCAGUCAUAUCUAUUGCACUAAAUAACGGCUGCGAAGUCUUUGCCACUGUUGGUGAUGUACGCAAGAAGCGAUAUCUACGGAAAUUGUUCCCCGAAAUACCAGAAAACCAUAUUGGCAAUUCUCGGGACCACACUUUUGGUGAUUUGAUAUUGUCUACAACGGAGAACCAUGGCUGCGAUGUUAUUAUCAGCUGUGUUAAGGAUAAAUUAAAAAAUAUCACCCUCAACUGCAGCGCACCAUGUGGUGUCACCAUCGACUUGUCCCUCGUCCCGGAUGAAGAGAAUUUCAGAUUCGGAAUGUCCAACCUGAUGUACUGUAGACAUUAUAUGCCUGUAGAUUUCUCUUCCAUAUUUUAUUACAACAACCAGGAAGAAAUUAAGAGCAUCCAAAUAAUGAUAAGUGAAGGUAUAAAGCGAGGAUAUGUUCGCCCUUUGUCCCGUAUUACGUACGGAGCGGAAGAGGCCGGUAGAGCUUUCCGUUUGCUUGGCGCCAGUCGUCACCGCGGUCGUGUACUAUUGCGGCUAUGUGAUUUGUCUCAAGCACAGCCCAGGAUUAAGUGUUCCCCGGAACACUGCCACCUCGUACUGUGCGACGAUAACUUUUUCGGACUACAGUGGGCGGACAGACUUGUGAGCCGCGGGGCUACAAAAUUAAGACUACACUUCUCUCGUGUGUCUACGCACGUAUUUUACAGAGUUCAGUUGUGGAAACAGCAAGGUAUAGAAGUUGAAGUGUCUACGGAGGAUGUCAGCACCUCAAGUGGAGUGUUGUCCUUACUGCAGAACAGCAUCAAGAUGGCGGCCAUAGAGGGGAUACAUGUAAUGGCGACUGUUACCGACAAAGUAGACUCCAAUAAACUUUCUUCUUUAGACUCGGCGUCGAGGGAAACAUGCCCAUCUUUGAAGUACUUCUCUGUGGUGGGCACUAACAGUAUUGGACAGGAGACGUGCCUCGCUCGCUCACUCGAUCAUCUCCCAGCAACCAAGCUCACAUUACCACCCAGUUUUAAAAAAGAUGGAAUCCCUGGUACUCCAAAUACGAUAUCCUGGCGUAGUGCAUUAGAUGUCAUAGAACGCGCCUUACGAAGCACGCGGCCAGUUCUGCAGGCGCAUUUAGGAACUGUAACGACACCUACAUUGCUGCAGCAAAUUGUAGCCAUAGCUGGUAUUAAAUUACCACCCAGCGUUGAAUCUACAACAACUCUUAGGGACCUGGGAAUACAAGACGAAACGUUAUCGGCAAUUUCUUGCUUUUUAAGUGACACACACCAUAUUUCAUUCGAUGAAGAGAAAAUACCAACUUUAACAAUAAAAACGUUCGAAGAACUUCAAGACGCUCUAUUUGCAUCAGAUUUGAAACCAAUAAAGGGUCUGCAAACGUUUUUCUCGUACGUAGAGGCGGACGAGCUGCUAGCCACUACUGAAAUGGUGUCCAUACCAACACUUGCAAACAAUUCAUUGAGCGAGGAUGAAUUGGAUAUAACACAAACAUACAUGUGUUGUUUGCCGGGACUGGAGGGACACCGCAAUAAGUUAUAUAGGUUGUGUGAUCGACUGAAGCUUCCCGCAUUGGUGCUACAACAAGGGUUGGAUAUAAUUGGCGAAUCUAUUCCUGAGAUGGCCGAGAGAUAUGCCAAGCUGUUAUUAAAGAAAGCAGGUUUAAAAGAUACAUUUUACUUAUUGGGUUAUGAGAGUGGUGUUUUACUAGCAUUGGAGAUAGCGAAGAUAAUUGAGAAACAUGGUUUGGUCGGAACUGUUUUCUGCGUAGGAGCUAGUCCGGAAGACUUCCUAGAAAUACUCGAAGAUGAGUUAAGCGAAUAUAAGACCGAGGAGGAAUUACAAGAUGCCAUCACGCAGCACUUGUUCACUCUCAUGGGCGGCAACACAGCCGACCAAAUAGACCUGCAUCAGUAUUCAACUUGGCGUGAAAAGAUCGACGCAUCUGUAAAAACAUUACUCGGUCACGGACCACAUUCAGCACAAUACGCUCGCAUCAACAUCGAAGAAGCCUAUGGCCGAAUUGUCCAAGCAAGACAAUAUAAACCGAAACCAUUCGCUUUAAAGUCGCAAAUUAUUCUACUGCAAGCAGCUACAGGACGUUCCCUCCGAAAUACAAUACAGCAGUACUCACAGAAACCUGUUAUAGUCUAUGAACUGGAUACCCCUAUGGCAUAUAUUUCCACAGAUCUACGAUGUUGUAACUACAUCAAUAGACACAUCGCUGCGGAGUUCCUUGAAGCAUUCGAUAAGAAGAACAUUUGUGACACAUAUUUGACAAACACUGAUACCUUCAUGAUUGACUAUUAAAUUCAUAUUAUUUGUUGCGGGAAAUAUUACAAAACUUGUUUUUUUAUUACAUUAAAUAUUGAAUGUGGUGGAAAUAAAAGUG